AUGAACAGACUUAGCUCAUCUGAGACUCAAUUAGGUGGCGGACAUGAAUUGGAUCAAAUGUGUAUUGACAGUGGCAAACGAUUGCUUCAGGCUAAAAAAUUCAGGGCGGCACAUGAUAUUAAAGUUUCCGGAAGUUCUGCUCUUGGUGGUGAACUCCCUCUGCCAGAGAUUACUUUUACCAGUCUUGUUUCCUCGUUCCCCAGCUUCAACCAGCAUCUGCUCAACAAUGUAGGUGAACUAUCCUUUUCGGUUCCAACUCCGGUUCAAGCACAGGCCAUACCAAUUAUGCUGAAGUGGCAUCAGCCUGCUUCAUACAGCAGGGCGGGUAAGCGAAAACAGGCUACUGUUGACGCUCCCUUCUUUCUCUUUCACAUACUUUUUCUGCCCCCUCUGCUCAUCCUAUUAAUAACUCUCUCCUUGACUGAUGACUCCGUUCGUCAUGCAUCGGUUUUACGUGCAGCAUCUGCUCGUCACAUGGUGACGACAUCUUCAGGAAUCUCCAAAUCAGUCCUCAAGCCUCGACACCCAGUCUAUCUGGCCGCAUUCAGUGUCCGCACUCUGAAGCAAGCAGGACAACAAGCUGCUCUUGCACUCACACUGGACUCGCUUGGCACUGAUGUGUGCUGUGUCUCAGAAACGAGAAUUCAAGAUGCAAGCACAGUGACUGAGUUGACCGCCCCGUCAAUCUCCACUCGCUUCCGGCUGCGCACCUCUGAAAUGGAAGAGGCCCAGAAAGCCGGUAAUCCCCGGAGAUUAUUUCAGUUGAUCCGUGCAACCGGCCCCCGGAAACCAACUGUGAGUGGAACCGUCAAGCAUCGGAAUGGAACGACAAUCUCGAAUGAAGAAGAACGCCUCGGCCGGUGGUCUGAAUACUUCGAGCAACAACUGUCGUGGCCACCAGCCGGCACUCAUCUAGAGCCCACAGGUGAAGUUGAACCCUGGACGGUGAACGUGGAACCACCUACGGUUUCGGAGGUUCAAGACUGCCUAUCUUCUAUCAAGCGCCACCGAGCUGCUGGUCCGGAUGACCUCUCACCCGGACUUUUCAAAGACGGGGGUGGAGUCCUCAGUCAACGCUCUUCUGAUCUGUUUGCUUGCAUUUGGGAAAAGGAGUCUAAUGGCAACUUACUCGCGUGUGCCCCAACAGGAUCCGGUAAAACGGCUGCCUAUUUGAUUCCCGUUUUACAAGCUUACUGCGCACGGUUCCUUACUACGGACACAGAACUCGAGGUGAAUCAGUCCUCGCAGCCAAAACCUACUUCAGAGACUCCACACAGGAUCGCCCUUUUCGGUCUUAUCCUGGCACCAACUCAGGAACUUGUUCGGCAGAUUUGGUCUGAAGCGGCCCGUUUAUCUCGUGGACUGCCUGGGGGGCGUUUCAUAGCAUAUUUGAGUCGCCGACACUACGCAUAUAGGGGCAAGUCAAAGUAUAAAGUGAACUCAAGAGAAAAUUCGAAGAACGCUCUCACGAAACUACGUGAACUACGAUUACCCCGAUCCACUCGAAUCCUGGUGGCAACGCCAUGUCGGAUGGCGUUCUUACUGUCAUUAGAUCCUUCACUUUGUCCUUUUGAUGUUUCCAAUCUAGUAUGGUUAGUGCUAGACGAAUACGACAAAAUGUUGGAGGUUGAUGUCACAAACGCAAAUUCCCUGUCUUCCAAAAAAAUGCGCCAUCGUGUUCGAAGCUUUCGGGAUCAAAUCAAUCCAAUUUUUCACGCCUUGAGUAAGGCUAGAUCGAUUUCUGGUAGGCAGCCGAGUGUGGCCAUGUUUUCUGCUACCGUGCCGGAUGAGGUCGUGAACUGGGCACAGUCAGAGUUGCCCGCUUUGUUAUCGCCAACAGGUGAACAGGCAUCUGGGAAAUUUGAACUUGUACAACUCUGUGUGGGCACUCGGAACUCGGCUGUUUCAACAGUUAAGCAAGAGCUACGAUACUGUGCCACCGAGGAAGGCAAGUUGUUAGAAAUUCGUUAUUUAUUGGUUCGGGGCCUGCUGUAUCCGUGUCUGAUUUUCAUGGAGUCACGAGAACGGGCAAAAGAGCUGAUCAAAGAAAUUCUUCUCUCGGAUGCCAACGUUCUGGCAAACGUCAUUUCAAGCGACAAAACUGACGCUCAGCGUGCCGCAAUUAUCCGCGCGUUUCGCGAGGGACAACUCAACGUGCUUGUCUGUACGGAUCUCCUCGGUCGGGGAAUCGAUUUCAAGGGAGUGAAUAUGGUAGUCAAUUACGAUCUCCCUCCAUCCAAGGAGGAGUACAUUCACCGAGUUGGAAGAACUGGCAGGGCUGGACGACUGGGACGAGCUAUAACAUUGUGGACAGACGCGGAUCUACCACGACUUGGUGAAGUCCUCAAAGUUAUGCGACGUAGUGGCUGCGAAGUGGACCCGGAGUUGGAACGCCUGGUUGCUGAGUGGCACUCACGCAGGUCUCAAUUUUUGCUUGCCAAACGCAAGGGUCCAGCAGCUGGAGAUUUGUCUGAACACGUGAUUAUCAGUAAGCGCCGUGGCGAACGACGCCUAAUACACAACUUGAUCAGGAAGCAAAGGCGGAAAGGGAUCAAAGUAGACACGGAAGAUGACGCAAGUGCAGAUUCAGACAGACAGAUUAAAUGGCUUCGGCGAUGGAAUCCCUAUCGGAAACGCAUCAGCGAUUUAUCUAGUGCGCGGCAGAACAAACGAACACAAAAAUAAUUGUCAAGCUGGACUUGUUGUGGUGACUGAAAAUGUACAUCACAAUUGUAUAGACGAAAAAAAAUUGUUCUCAUAUCUUAAAAUCAAUAUCAGGGAGAGUUCUGCGAUGACGUUAAGGGUGAAAAUUCAAAACAAAUUAUGAACAGGUUCAGUGAGUGGUGGUUAAUGAUAAAGAGCACAUGAUCAAUGGGCGCGAAGAUGAAAAAUCACAUAACAAACACUUGUCGGAUGAAAAAUUCCGGCAAGUGGAGCUCCUCCGACAGAAUACGACGCAUUUCAUCCCGAUAUCUGUAGCUAGGGGGUUGGUAUUUAACUCCUCUACGUCGCUUCUCCUGGCGUAGUCGUUGGUUAGAUUCAUUAUCAGUAACAGAAUGGUCUUCAGUGUUCUCAGAUUCUUAAUGAUAAAGAGCACAUGAUCAAUGGGCGCGAAGAUGAAAAAUCACAUAACAAACACUUGUCGGAUGAAAAAUUCCGGCAAGUGGAGCUCCUCCGACAGAAUACGACGCAUUUCAUCCCGAUAUCUGUAGCUAGGGGGUUGGUAUUUAACUCCUCUACGUCGCUUCUCCUGGCGUAGUCGUUGGUUAGAUUCAUUAUCAGUAACAGAAUGGUCUUCAGCGUUCUCAGAUUCUUCGACAGUUUCAUUGACUCCUUUCUCUUCCGAACUUCUUCCUGCUUCGUGCAGAUUUUCGGGAGUAUCCUGUUCUUCUUCUGAGCUAAUUAUGUUCGCAAAUAGACGUUGGGCGAAUCGUAAAUGAAAGCGCAUUCGAUUUUCCAUCGUAUCUUCUGCAUUUGGUGGGUCUUGUUCAUGUGAUAGGUUGAGUACAAGGAUUCUGCAAUGAAAUAAUCCGGAAAAUCAUGGCAUGCAGUUGACUCAAGGUGCUAAGAAACCCGGGCUUAAGAACACAGAACGACAUUGGCAGUUUAGGCCUUACGAAGUACGGACAGUGGGAACGGACGGACGAGUCAUCUGAAUACGCUUUAAGAUCUGUCAAGUAAUUUCAGGUCACGGGCCAGCUACGAUGAAGAAAUGGAUAAUUAGGGUGGAUACUGUCCCUCCACAGCCCUCAGCGGACCAUUUUCCGAAAAAAAUACUUAUGAGCAGUUUGAUAGCCAUGCAAUACUCUUCCAUAUCAAUGACGGUUCUGGGCGCCCAUGAUGCGCAAAAGAAUACCUUCAUUCGGUGAACUCACAUGCAAAAAGCGCACUAAUUGUCAAGGAAUUGAGCCAAGAAUUUACAGACGUACUAGGGGUAUUCGUUUUGUUCGCAAACUACAGUGGAAUGCACUUGUAUUCGCCGAAGUCGAGUGUUGUGAUCUGCGUAGUCGCACCACGAACUGUUUCGAAGAUACGUUGCCCUAUGAUGAACUGACCACGAUGGAUCGGCCGACCAAAUGAGGAAAUGCCUCAGUGACAGAAGAUUUUUGUGAUUUUCCGGUGGAUGAUUGCAUAGCUUUUCAUGGUAAUUUCGAAUCUACAUUUUAGGCGAACUGUCCAGUGCAGUCGCAAUCGGUCCG